AUGGCACGAGACAGUCUCUUUUCACCUGUCCACACACGGGGCGUGUACGCACCAAAGAAGCUGCGUGGCUUCCUCGCACUGCCUGCAGAGAUUAGGAACCAAAUCUACAAUUACUACUUCGAGGCGGAGAACCACUGCGAGAUAACCCGCAAAUCACACCAGCCCCAACAGCAAAAGAAGCCUCUCACGGUAAAGCUAUGCUCUGCGCUCAUUGCUCCCACUCCUAUCUCUUCAGCACCCGACACCUCCAACACUGUACCCGUCAUUCGCUUCACCAGAUGCCUGGGCAACUACAACAUCAUCCAAGGCUUGCAGACCAACUGGCUCGGCUCCCUCUACGCCCUCAGUCUCGUCUGCAAGCAAGUCUAUGCUGAAACCGUAACAUACAUGUAUCUCACAACAGUCUUCAUCUUCGACGCCCCCAAGCGCAUGACAAACUUCUUCGACGUCGUGUCUAGUACGCGGCUCGGCUGCAUUACCAAAUUGCAGCUUCACUACGACACAUAUGGCCAUCCCAAGAGCACCCACAAUGUCAUUUGGCAGGACAAGCAUGGUCGGAGUUGGCACCGCGUAUGCAAGGCAGCAUCAAAGAAACUCGUAAACUUACAAAGCCUCACCAUCUGGGCACAGAUCCAUGACUGCGCGCCAAAAUUCACCCUGCGCGAGAAAUGGAUUGAACCCCUGCUGCAAUUCCGUCGAUUAAAUCGUCAAAAGGACUUGACGAGGAAGGCUGCUACAGCAGAGUCAGCACAGUCCAUCGGAAGCUGUUCUUGUCUCCAAAGCGUCACUGUCCAUGUUCAGACUCGCUGGUCAAAAAAUCCAUUGGCUGCUUUCCGCAAUAACAGGAGCCUAGCACGUGCAAGUACUGCUUUACACCUUCUCUAUGGACAGGCUAUCAGCCUUGCGAUCAUGGGGGCUGCCGAGUACGAGGCCAUGUCUGGAUUCAAAGCUGCAUGGGAAGAUUGA